CGGUAAGUUCUUAUACCCUAUUUAAAUAUUCAUAAAUAAUCGAGCCUGUCAUUCUUUUGAAAAGAAGAUUUCAUUCCUUUGAAAAUUUUGUUCUAUCCACGAUAUUUCAAGAAAAAUAAAGUAAAAUUUAUUCAGAGGGUAGGUGACAUGGAAGGAUGCAUCGGUGACUAGGGAUCAGUUGCAGUUCAACCGUUGCACACGAUGGAUCAACUACAAGUUUAUUACAAACAGACUAUAUUCGUGUUAUCAGCAGUAGGUCUGUGGCCAUAUCAGAAUAAAUACUUCCGAUUGGUUUACAAUAUCUUCAUCAUCUUCAUGUAUCUUUCGUUCUUUUAUACGCAGAUAGCCGCUAUGACGAACACAAAACAUACCCUGCAUUAUUUACUGAGGUGUAUAUUUUACCUGUCAGUGGGUAUGGGUUCGCUACUGAAAUACUGUACAUAUUACCUUCAAGCAGACACAAUUAAACAUCUGAUGGAAGAAGUGAAACACGAUUGGAAAACAGAAAAUGAUGAAACGCUUGAAAUUCUGAGAAAUUUCGCCAAUUUGGGAAAACAUUAUAUCUUCUAUUUCGUGUCCUUCAUAUUCAUAGGAUGCGAGAUGUGCAAUUCUAUUUUGGAUGCAGUCGCACCGUUAAAUUAUACUCGACCGUACGUUAUACCGGCAGUAUACUUUGUUGACGAAAGGAAGUAUCGUUUUUUGAUCCUAAUAUAUCAGUCUUUUGCAUUCUUGAUGUGUGUAGCUGUGUAUGUUGGGACAGAGUCAUUGAUUAUUAUGUGGCUGCAUCAUUUCAGUGCUUUAUAUGUACUCGUCAGCUAUUACAUUUACCAAGGUGUCAUGGAACAUAUCAGUCACACUUCAAACGAACAUUUAGGUAACAGUAAGAGACUCUUAAUAACAGCUGCAGUUAUCCACAGAAGAGUAAUAAAGUAUAUGAACAUUUUUGAAAAUGUUACGUCAUUAUCGUACGUCUUUCUUCUACUGUUUGCUACCAUUAGCCAAAGCAUUAACAUAUUUAUUCUGUCGCAAACCAUUUUUAAAUUAGAGGCAAAUAUAGAUACAGUGUUGUAUUUAACAUUUGCAUUUACCGAACUGAUAUAUAUUUUUUGCAUGAUCUACAUAGUGCAACAAUAUUUAAAUAUUUCUGAAAACGUUAGUUUGCAGAUAUACAAUACCAAUUGGUACGAGGCUUCUUUGUCUACGCAAAAAUUCUUGUUGUUCAUUAUGAUGAAAACAUCCGAAGAGCGUCGCUUCAAAUUAUUCAUCUUCGUUAAUCCAAACCUCGAAGGUUUCGUGCAGAGUCUUGGUUUAUUCGAAGUAAUUCGACAUCGAAUACAGAACGCUUUUAGCAAGGAAACACUGAAUAUACCGGGUAUUAAGAAAGAGAAAAUAGUGCAGCAAAAAUUGGUCCAAGCUAUAGAACUACAUCAAAGGAUACACUGCAUUUAUAGUCACGGAGAAAGCGUUGUUUCAUUUUCAUAUUUCUUGGUGCUUCUUGUGGGAGUAGCCAUUACAAUUCUGAGUCUUUUACGUCUAUCUCAGCUUAAAAUCGAACUGAGUACAUUGAAGAUACUAGUAAUGGAAAUAUAUCUGAUUUUCAUAUGUUUUGCCUAUAUAUUCUUGAUCAAUCAUUUAUGUCAGACAGUUCAAAACAGCAGUACAAAACUUCUCUUGGAUGUAUACGAUAAUUUAUGGUAUUUAGCUCCUGUAUCCUCGCAGAAAUUACUAUUAUUCAUGAUGCAGAACAGCAGGAAGAACAUUAUAGGCCCGGCUGGAGGGAUUUUUUUACCAGGUCACGAAGGGUGUAUAAAGCUUAUUAAAAUGAGUUUCUCUUAUUUCAUGGUCAUUCGUUCCGUACAAUCGUAA